GAGAGAGAGAGCCGGAGCGGCUUAUGGGGUGCGUCCAUCUGACGUUCUUGAUGGUGGUUGGUUGGCCUCUUGGCGGCGUCAAUGCCGGCUAUUGUCAGAAUGCAAGCAAAGGUCGCAGUUGGUUUUUGUAUUCGCUUUCGCACUAGGAGAGAAUUUAAAGUUCUCAAUUUGUGAACGAGAAUUUGGCAGUGAUUGUUAUCGAAGUGCAAAUGAGUGAAAUGAGGAGCAAAUGUUAAAAAUGUACCGUUUCACAUAGGUUAACGACAAAGUUAACAUUGACGUGCUGCCAUUUUCAGGCAUCGGUUCUAAAGCUGUAGCGUCAUCUCGCUCGCACAACACUACAACAUUCAAUCGAUAAACUUAACAGUGGACUGCCAACUUAAUCAUCACUGUAUAAUGUUAACUGAGCGGUUAUUGGGGCUAGUGACGAGUAAUCGCAGUCGCAGUCACAGUCGCAGUGUCAGCGUUGAGAAGCUUAGACGGAAGAGUGCAAAGCAUUAAAAGCGCCACGAAGUGGAGUUACUUAGUGUGUGUCCUGUCAAAUGUGAAACUCUAAAUAGGAAUGUGCAUUAAUAAAUACAAGGGCAACGGACAAAAACCAAAUACAACUUUUCUAAGUUCAAGAAAACAACAGCGAAAGCCCAGUGUGAGACGAACCAACGCAUUUGCCGUUAUAUUUAGUGCUUCGUGAUAAAUGCAGCAACUGACAAUUAAUACGGAAAUGGGCGAGAAAUGCGCGAACAGCGCGCAUUUGGCUGAGCAUUAGAACAUAGCGCAUACGCCGCGUGGGCGCAGCGGGAAAACUCAUAAAUGAAUGCUUUUAAUUGCGAAACAAUGACGUUUGCCCGCACAAAUACGAGCAGAAUAAAAGGAAUAACGCUUGCUAGAUCAACAACGACAACACCAAACACUUCGACCAGCUGCAGCAGCUGCAGUGAAAUUUGUGAAAAUCGCGAAAAUUGAGACAACACACAAUGCUGCUGAUGCCAACAUCGUGUGGCCCCGGACCGCCAGCGGUCGCACGCGCCGUUGACCCAAGCUUAGCGAACGAGCACACACGCAAUCAACUACGUAAGCUGGCAACGACCCAGAGUCCAACCAGCCCGAUAACACCAACAGCAGCAGCAACGGGCAUUCCCAAAUGGCUUCUAAUGCUCCUGCUGCUCUUUGCCAUUGUGGCCCAAACGCCGCAGAGCCAAGUGGCCGCCGAGAAGAGCAAACACUAUUAUAUGCAAUCGCUGUGCAAGAACCACUUUCUGCAGCAGCUUUAUCGCAAAAUUGAUGGCGCCGUCCUCUGGUCCCAGAAUGAGCGCAAUUUGGACUGUGUCAUCACGUUCCAAACCCACUCGAUUCUGCAGCGCUUCAUGCUGCGCUUCGACAUGCUCCAGCUGGACUGCAAUGAUCACCUGCUUGUCUACGACGGGGCACACGCUGUAUCGACGCCAAAGAUUGACAUCUCCUGUCGGAACACAAAGAACACAGUGAAUGCGAUAUUGACGCGCACGAACUUCGUAACGCUGAAGUACGUGACCGAUGGCUGGGGCACAGAUGCGAACGGUUUCAAGUUGGUGAUUACAUCGGUGAAGGAUCCCAAGCAUACGUGCAAGGACUUCACGUGCGCCACACGCGAAUUCUGCAUAAAUCCCGAUCUGUUGUGCGAUGGCGUCAACCAUUGCGGCGACAACUCCGACGAGUCCGUGCAGAACCUAUGCCAGAAUGAGACGACGAGCACGGUCUUUGGCGUGGACAUGACUUGGUUCGUGCUGAUUGUGGUCGGAGUGCUGCUGGUGCUCAGCGCACUCAUUGUGGCCAUUGCGAUCUGCGUCUGCCGGCGCCAGGACGAGAAUGCCGCCAACCAGAACACCGCACUGCAACUGCAUCACAAUGCCGAGACGAAUGGGUCUUCUAAGCAUUUGCAUUACCAUGGCGUAGGCAUGGGCAUGGGCAUUGGCGUUGGCGGCACCCUGACGAGGGAGCACACACAGCUGCCACCGGCGUCGGGAAACUGGCAUCACCCUGCGGGACCAUACGGGUACCACCGCAUUCCACACAACUACUUGAAGAUGGCCACCAAAGUCCGUCCCAUUUGGUGCUUGGCAAAUUCCGUCAAUUAGGUCAAGAUCUUUCACAAAACUCAACCGGACUCAGCCAGACGAACAUCGCCGUUGCUGGCAAUCAUCCGAAUGCCAAUGCCGCUGUCGGCGCCGCUCAAAAGGACGAGUGGUUCGUUUAAGACAAUCCGAAUUGACGAACUGUGAAAGUGAAAGACGCAAAAGCAAAACCAACAAAAAUAAUUGACUUGAGCACAAUAAUCUGCACUUAAUUAAGUGAUUUCAUGGAUAUUUGCAGAGCAUUAAAUGAAGACUGUUUGACUAUACUUAACAACAACAACAAGAACAACAACAAUGUGGACAUCACCGCGCAGGGUGUAUAUUUAAGAGAUCUACUCGUACCCAGACAGAAUCUCGAAUGCGUUGGGCAAAUUGUGCCUUCAAAGAGCACGAAUUUGUCGGAUAACCAAUGCAAUU